AUGUCGCCACCGCUGAUGGAUGGCUUUAUCGCCUCCUCUUCGCCGGGGGGCUCGCCUAAAAGCCCGCCCACGCCGCCGGAGAAGCCCUCCGCGGCUCACGUCGCCAAAACGGACGCACUCAAUAAGCAGAUUGCCAACCGCACCGCCGCCAUGGACGCUGAGACGAAGGAGAAGGAGACGAAGAUUAUGACAGCGGCGCAGGCGUACCUCAAAGCGCUCAUUACGAAGCGCGAGGAGGAGGUCAGGAAUGCAAAGGCAAGUCACAAGGAGGAGCAGCAGGUCGGCGCCGAAAAGAUCAACGAGUACAAGAAGAGCGGUGCUCUCUGGAGCGCAGUGGGCCUGCUGGUGGACUUGCAGAAGCCGAACCAGUACUCCAGAAGCACGGAGCAGAUGCGCACGGUGCUCUCCACUCUGAACGCCACGCCUGCCAAGAAGUAA